AUGAUUAACAAUAAUUUGUGUCGAGUGUGUCUCACGCCGACCGAACACAAGUGUUCUGGAUGUCAAGAAGUGAACUACUGCACACGAGAACACCAGAAGCAGGACUGGAAGCAGCACAGGACCCAGUGCGUGCCAGCCAGGGUCAGGGAGGAUGACACAUUUGGAAGGUACCUCGAAGCGACCAGGGAGAUCAAGGCUGGCGACAUCGUGAUUAAGGAAAACCCCCUCAUAACUGGACCCACGCUGAUGACACCGCCCGUCUGUCUUGGUUGCUAUAAACUUCUGGAGGAAGACAAGACUGUGGAUUGCGUCAACUGCGGUUGGCCAUGCUGUUCUGAUGACUGUGCCCGGAGGGAAGAGCACGCACCCGAGUGUUUCUAUACACGUCAAAGAGGAGAGAAGGUAACAAUUACUACUUUCGGAGUACCACAUCCAAAUUACCAAUGUAUUUCGACCUUACGCUGCCUCUAUCAGAGAGACCACAACCUGAAACUGUGGGAGAAGCUGCAGGCUCUGCAGUCACACUGCGGAGAGAGACGUGCCACUGACAAGUGGAACAAUGAAGUGAAGAUGAUCGCAGAAUUUAUUUUGAAGUUCUUUAAGCUAGAAGGAAAGUUCUCUGAAGAGGAGAUUAUGCGGUGCUACGGUAUUUUGCAGGUCAAUGGUCAUGAAGUACCUUUAACUGAGCCGGAAUACCUGGCCGUGUUCGACCGCCUGUCCAUGGUGGAACACAACUGCCGCCCUAACUGCAACAAGAGCUUCACAUCUGACGGACAAAUCAUCCUCUGUGCAAUGGAGUCCUUGUCACCAGGAGCUCACAUCACGCUGUGCUACACGGACGCUCUGUGGGGCACAGAGCAACGUCGCCGGCACCUGGCCGAGUGGUUCUUCGAGUGCUGCUGCGCUCGGUGCUGUGACGUCACCGAAUUCGGCACCAAUUACAGUGCUGUGAAAUGCAAAAACAAAGAUUGUAGUGGCUUCCUUUUGCCCAAAACGUUCAUUGUACCCAUCAUAAACCUGACCACGAACCGGGAUCCAGCGACCAGUGCCCUGGACAGCAGAGGAUGGGUGUGCGGGAGCUGCAAGGAUGUGGUGUCGGACGCCAUCAUCCAGCAGCUUUUACAGAACAUCGGGAGGGAAUUGGGCAUCAUGGCUAAAGUUGACGCUGAUGCAUGUGAAAGGUUCAUCUCUCACUGCAGCAGCUACCUGCACCCGUCGCACUACUACAUGACGGAUGUGAGCCUGACACUAGCGCAGAUGAUCGGCCAGGAGACGGAGAUGGGACUGUCCAUGGUGACAGAUGACAGACUGAUGCUGAAGACCCAGCUGUGCAAGAAGAUCUCCAAAUUGCUGGAAACAAUAGCCCCUGCGGAGUCCCGCAUUCGAGGCUCGCUUCUGUUCGAGCUACAUGCAGCUCUGGCGGAGACAGCGCGCAGGCGCAUGCUGACUGAGGGCCCUGCGACGGCGCUAGGAUACUUCUCGGUCAGUCAGUUAGAAUCUCGAAAGAUCUUGAUGGAAUCCGCUAGCCUGCUAAAACACGAGCCUCCCGAGCUACCCGAGGGUUGGCUGCUGCAGCAGACCACCCUCAACUUGCCGAAGAUGGACGAGCUCAUCAGAAAACUCUCAAAUGAAUUACCUUCUCCCUUGUAG